AUGGACGGUCAGCCUUCAUUGACGGAGGAAAAGAGAAAAGAGGUCACACAAGAAGAAAAAGAAAUCCUCUACAAGCAAGUAGAAGAACUAAAACGCUCCAAUGCAGCUCUCUUGGCAGAGAUCGAUAUGUUUGAACGGUUCAUCGGCCGCCUGGAUCCUCAGGACCUGGUGGCUCAGGGAGACAGUCCAGGUGAAGCAAGAGCCUCCCAGGAGGGUGGGGGUCGUGGGCGGAGGCAGAGGUCCCGCUCCAACACAUCAGAUCGCCUCCAGGAGCUGACCUUGGGACAAAAACUUUAUGUUGCACGGAGUGAAGAAGCAGAGACGCGACAUGACCUGGAAAAACUCAAACAGAGACAUGAGAGGAUUCAGGACAACUACAAGGCCACCCUGGAAGGAGCAGAAAUGCGUCUUGCAGACAUCUGGAAGGCUAAGAAGGCAUUUGAACGCAGUGUGCUUAAACCUAUGAAGGACAACAGGUUGGAAAUGAGGAAGCCCGAGAAUGUGCUCCAGUACAUCAAAGACAAGUCAAUGGUCACCCAAGUGGAGAAGUUCAGCCUGAACAACCGCGCAAUGAAGGCUCACAUGAAGAAGCUCCAGCAGCAGAUUCAACAGAAAAAAGAGGCGGGGAAAGCUGUGUACGAGGAUGUUUUCCAAGAGCAAACCGAGCAGAAUAUUGAACAAAACCUGGACGAACUUCAAGUUCACAAUUUGAAAGUACAACAUGUCCUCAGUUCACACAAGGAGAAGCUGCAGAGUGUAACACGGGAGUCCACAGAGCUGAGCAAUGACAUCACCAGCAGGAAGCAGAUGCUGGCAAAAAUUGAGGAGGAGAUGCAGCAUGCUGAGGAGGAGCGUUUAAAGGCAGAAGCCCUCAACCAACAGCUGCGCCGCCAGAUGACCAACUAUCAGGCUCCUGAUAUCCCUGAGUACAUGCAAGUCAAGGAGAAACACAAGCAGCUACAGCAGAGCAUUCACACUUGGGAGAGGAAGGUUGGGAUUGCUGAGAUGGCCUUGAGGACCCACACUAAAGCCCGGAGCACACAGAGAGCCACUCUUACUCCUGCACAUACAGCCGAGGCUGGAGCUCGAUCUGGGGAGCACCAGAUCCCAGUAAAGCUUCCAUACAUAGCAGAACACAGCACAUAGAGAAAUACAGAAACAGAAAGCCUGCUGGAUUCAUUGAAAUAAAAACACCAAUGUGUGGUGGAGAGGAAACUUUGUUGCUGUUGCAAAUGCCCCUGUUUCACAACAGGCAUCCAACACGUGAUUUGUCAUGAUUAGUCAGUAUUCUUGUAAUGCGUGUUGGGAAAUGUUCUCUUGAAGCUUUAACCCUUAUCAUGUCUUAGUUUUUUUUCACUCACUCUGUGUGUCCUUGGGAGAUGUUACCAUGCAGCAUUAUGGAGAAUGAACUGUACAGAAGAAACUCUGCUUCAUCAAGCCCUGUUCCCUUAAAGUUACAGUUCGUAAAGUUUUCAUAUGCUGAAACUGUCAUAUUCACACAAUAUUAUAUGAGACAGAUAGUCUGUGAAAGAAACCAUGUCCCUCCACCUAUUGCCUCUAAUGGCAUUUACCAGAAUAUACCGCAUGCUCACAGAAAACAACCACACAGAGACGAGGAGUUUCUAACGCAGCUGUCAAUCACG